AGGAGGAGGAGGAGGAGGAGGAGGAGGAGGCCGAGGCCCCCGUGUUUCUUGCGAAGGGAAGGUUAUUUUCCAGUGAUACGUCCUGGAGGCGCCCGUCGUCUUCGCCGGUACAACCAUAACGCCGCCCGCUUUAAAACGACCGAGACGGGACACGGUGGAUUCAUCGCCGCCACCCGCUCGUACCGCAGCCCCCGGCAACCCCGGACCGUCCGGCAAACUUGCCUGCAUAAUGGACGCGCCGCUAUCGCAGAGCAUGGACUCCGUCAACACGGUGGCCACCGGCGAAGACGAGGUGCGCACCUUGUUCGUGAGUGGUUUGCCGAUGGACGCUAAGCCGAGGGAGCUCUAUCUGCUCUUCAGAGCGUACGAGGGGUACGAGGGAUCGCUGUUAAAAGUCACGAGUAAAAAUGGGAAAACAGCGUCGCCGGUGGGAUUCGUGACUUUUCACACGAGGGCAGGCGCGGAGGCGGCGAAGCAGGACCUGCAGCAGGGGGUUAGAUUCGAUCCUGAUAUGCCACAAACCAUACGUUUGGAAUUUGCAAAAAGUAACACAAAGGUUAGCAAACCCAAGCAACCAGCAGCUGCAGCAGCCACCUCGCACCCCGCUCUGAUGCACCCUUUAACGGGACACCUAGGGAGCCCGUUCUUCCCCGGUGGUCCUGAGUUGUGGCAUCAUCCGUUGGCGUACUCUACAGCCGGCGAAUUACCGGGCACGCUGCAACAUGCGACGCUGGUGCAUCCGGCGUUACAUCCUCAGGUCCCCGCGCCUAUGUCCCUGCCGCAUCCUACGACGCUGACGUCGAUACACGCGUCGCUGCCUCAUUUUCUACCGUCGCCGGCACUGGCGUCACCGGUCGGGUCACCCUCGUCGCAGCCCAACAUAGCCGGCAACGCGCAGUGCUCCACCCUCUUCGUGGCGAACCUGGGCCAGUUCGUGUCCGAGCAUGAGCUAAAGGACAUCUUCAGCAGUUUUCCUGGUUUCUCCCGGCUUCGUAUGCACACGAAGGGAGGCUCGCCAGUGGCCUUUAUCGAAUACCAAGACGUUCGCUACGCGGCCCAGGCGAUGGCCACUCUCCAAGGAUCCUUUCUCCUCUCCUCCGACCGGGGAGCGAUACGAAUCGAAUAUGCAAAGUCAAAAAUGGCCGAGGUGGGCUUCACAAAUCUCUGGUUCGAAAUGCAUCGAUGCACUAUGCACCAACCAUCCAACGUAGCAACGUUUACUAAUUGGCUGUAAUAACGCUUGGGACAAAAUCGGGUUUGGAAGGGAACAAAGAGACAAGAAAACGGGCAACCUUAAGAUCGACAUCAACGGCAUGUAAAAGAGGCGGAGGAGAUCGGCUGGCCCAAGGAGACGGCAGGAUGUGCGCGCUCUCGUCGGACAGGACAUCCACCGACGGAAGAAAAGCGAGAGAAGGAGCCACGCGCAGGAAGCCGGACUCACGCUCGCAGUCGAGCGCGCUCAUCAGCUCAUCGGCAGAGGGAGAGAAAGAGAGAUGGAGGGUGGGCGAUAACGUGGGACGCGGAAGCACGUAGUAGAUACAUACACACACGACCACACACACGAAAAGUCGAGAAGGGAGAGAGAGAGAGCGAGAGAGAGAGAGAGAAAGAGAGAGAGAGAGCGAGAGCGGGA